CUGAAUUCAACCGUCCAUGUGACACGCAGUUAGAUGUGACGUGACAGCAGCUAUCAGUCAGGCAGACAGCAGGUUGUGUCCAUCGCGAAAAACUCGUGACGUGACGUAGCCAGACAGCUGGGACGGGACAGGGAUGGUAUGGAGACGCGCCGCAAGAAGGCAGUGAAUGCGGCACCAUUGCCGCAGUUGCGAACGCGUAUCGUAUCAAGCGCUUCAGGCGGGCAGGCAGGCAGACAGACAGAAAGACAGACAGACAGACAGACAGACAAGCACAGAAAGAUCAGACAGACACACUCCCAGGCAGGCAGGCAGGCAGCCCGUGAGUGAGUGCUUGAGUCAGCCAGCCAGCCUCUCCCGACCGACCCGCACAGACACAAAGUCGUGAAUUCCUGCCUCUGCGGAUCUGAUCUGGCGAUGCUAUGCUGGACUACUCACUCAGGGGUCGCCACUCGGGAAAGAAAAAGGACUGGCAUCACACACAUGCAAUGCAAUGGCUCUCUCCCCACCCCUCUCUCUCCCUCCCUCCCCCCUCCCUCCCCCUCCGUUUCACAUCUUGCGAGAGCACAGGACGCCGUGGAUGGCGAGGGACGCGUCGUAGCAGGGCUCAUUCUGCAUCACGGUUGCGGGAGGGCUGGCCGCUGCCGACAGGGCAACACGCCUGCCCCUCUUCUCGACCCCACCCACAGCCGCAGGCGCCAUGACGCUCUCCGCCUUGUCCGCCUUGGGCGCUGAGACCUUCACCGCACCAAUCAGGCUCACCAGCUGACACAUCCACACACAGCACCACACCCACACAGACGGUCAGAGACAUGACCUCCUCCCAGUGCCCGUGUCUCGGUGACGUUUACCUUUCUUUGCGCCUGGGUCGCCCGCAAGUACGAUUGGCGGAUCUGAGACAGCAGCGGGACGGCCGUUGCCCGCGGCACACGUGCAAUGCUGCGGAGGGGCGUCAUGGCGACGUGAGACGAGCGGGGCAGGGUGGAGAUGGCGUGUGUGGACGACAGCCCGACGAUGACCAGACCGAUGAUGCCGCUGCGGAUGCCUUUCAUCGUGGGUACGGCGCAGAGAGGGUGUUCGCGCAGAUCAGGGAGGGGUUGGUGGCCUUGCAGAGGACGGAAGGAAGGAGAUGGCGGAGAGAUCUGAGGGCGGCAGAGCACGGACUGAAGGCUGCAAGGCCACCUUUUUU